UCCUGCCUGUGGAUGAAGAGCUCGGUCGUUGCUUAGACAUGCCUUUUUCUACAUUCUUCCCGGCUACAUUAGCGGCAGCAGCAACAUUAGCAUUCAGUUUAUGUUCAUUACCAGCGUGUGGAAAAACUCUGUGUAGAUUUUAAGUGGGGAAACACCAGUGGAGAUGUCGACCGCUCUUGAGAGUUACAUCAACCGGACUGUCGCCAUUAUUACAUCAGAUGGACGGAUGAUUGUGGGAACGCUGAAAGGCUUUGACCAGACGAUCAACCUCAUCUUGGAUGAAAGCCACGAGCGUGUGUUCAGCUCCUCCCAGGGAGUGGAGCAGGUUGUGCUGGGACUGUACAUCGUUCGAGGAGAUAAUGUGGCUGUUAUUGGUGAAAUUGACGAUGAAACAGACUCUGCACUGGAUCUUGGCAAUAUAAGGGCUGAACCACUGAACUCCAUAGUACACUAAGUUUCCCCAGUGUGUAAAAGUACAGACUCAUUCAAACCCCAUCCACAGUGUUUUUUAGUGGAAUCCCCCUUCUUGGAUUUUGUAUCUGUAGAAAUGGAAUAGAAAUUUUUCACUUUUUUUUAAAUGCCUGUUUUUUUGUACAUGUGAAAAUGAGAAAAUAAAUGGUAAACGUUUAUAGAGUAAA